AUGGACAACGACUACGAUUUGUACAUCCAAGAGCUCACUGUCAAUGGUGCAGUGAGCCAGAGCGCAGCUGAGCAAUAUGCUGCUGGUGCAGUCUGUGCCUACAUGAACCAGCUCUCUAAGAACUCGUACAGCCUCUACAUACAAGCCGUGGCACAGCGCUGCAAGAGUGAUCAACGCUUGUAUGUCGCACCCUCUGGUCAGAACACAACAUCUGCAGACCUACCCCUUGAUCUGUUCACGGCCAACAUCACAACCAACAAAUUUGAUGGCACCAAGUGGAACGCAACAAUACAGGACUACCUGCUGCAGCAUAUGCCCCUGUCCACCAGUACCGGUCAAGCUCCCGCAGACAAGCGGCAAGAGAUCAUGAACCGUCUCACUGCAGCUGAUGUGCAAAUUGAUAAUGCGUAUCCGCUAGAGGCAGACAUCCCACCGGCUGGCAGGUCACUAUUCGCGCCAGUGGUACCCUUUGCUAUCUGGGCCGGACCCGCGAUUGCGACAAUCGUCAUAGGAAGCAUCGGAUAUCUUCUUGGCAAGACAAUCCGCUCAAGGGGAAGCUCUUCCCCAAUGACACAAUCAUGGCCAGCGUCGCCUCCAAACAGCCCUGGCAACAAUAGCAAUCCUACCGCGCCUCCAACAACUCCAACAACUACCAACCCUGGCUCAGGGACAAAUACGACAGGAAGCUCAGGACCUUCAUCAGCCCCCCCGCCAGCUCCUCCGCCCGCCCCGCUUAGUCCAGAAGAACAGAUCCGCAAGCGAAACGACCGCAACAAGAAGCGUGACAGGUACUGGGCCCUCGACUCCACCCGCAAAGCCCGCAAGGACUACUAUUUUGGCUAUGUAGACCGCAUCCAGCCCGUCGGCUCAGCCACCGAGAUCCGCGUCGAGGCCAUUCCGGAGAACUCCCUUUCCGACGAGAUUUUCACCCGCGAGAUUCAAAAGCUCAUCGUAGCGGCCGGUGCACCGAGCUAUGGUCUCUUCCGCCUCGCCAUAAUUUCCAUAUAUGUUCAUGAUGUACCAGCCGGUGUGGAAGAGGGCCAGUGGAUCAACUUCAAGGUGGACACGUCAAACCAGCAGGUCAUCGCUACCGGACAGAAUGUUCCUGACCUAUCGGGGACAUUUACGGAUGGCGUGACUGUAAUAGAGCCGCUGCAACCCACGAUAAGUUUUCUGAAUCUAAGGCCGGAGUGCUACUUGGCCGACAACGACGGACAGCUUGUCAAGACGGACUUGCAGACUGUCACCAAAGAUAUUACGGCUAACGCAUUGGCCACGCUUCAGGCUGUAUUUAGCACGCUUGAUUACGUUACCGAGUCGGUUUUAAGUGUACUGGAUCAAUUUAUGAAUGCAGGUGCUGAGUCGGACGAUGUCGAGACGCUGGGAUUUGAUGGUGACGGGAGAGCUUUAGGGAUGAAACCUAAAAAAGCGCCGACAGCGACCAAGACAAGGACGCGCAAAGUGGUCAAGCCUGGUGAAGCUUCUCUAUCGAAAAUUCAGACGACACUUUUGCCUAAUAGUGAGGAGAUAACCAAAUACAUGAUAUAUAAUGUUGGUCAAGGUCACAGCGCAAGAGCUCUCAGCGGUAACAAUGCCAUGUUUGCCAACGACUUUGGCUAUGGUAGAGUAGGCGUCCGCAAACCAGAUGUCUGCUCCCACAUGAUCGUCAAUCAAGCUAAUGUCCCCAUCCUCCUCUCUCACUGGGACGCCGACCACUUUCGCAUUGCUAAGAGCCCGAUGGCAAAGCAUUACUCUGGGACCAAGUCGGAUGUCACUCGUCGUUUCUGGAUCGCUCCUGGGGCGAGCCAUGUUGCAGGCCCCGUCACCCACGAGUUUGCGUGGACGAUACAGAGCAACAACAAAUAUUUACAGUGGCCCGAGAGCUCCGGCGCGUACGUUCAGUCUAGCAACAUCAUGGUCAUGAGCUGCUUGCACAACAAACAGUAUGCCAUGCCCGACAAGAACAACUUUGGUGCCCUUGCGCUGGCAGUCGGAACGGGUGACAACAUCAUGCUGUACCCCGGCGACGCCAAUUUCGAGUCCAUCGCCGGGAUUCGCGGAUACGAAAAGAAGCUCCGCUCUGUCAUCGCAACGCAUCACGGCAGCAAGGUCGCUCUACAGGUCAAAGGUGGUGGGACUGGGAGUUCGAUCCCACAGGCCAGCUCUGGAGAGGCAUAUGUAUUGUUCUCCUACGCCAAGGGGAAUACAUACGGACACGAUGUUGACAGCGUCUAUAGUUACUAUAAGGACAAGGGUUAUGGUGAGCUGGACUCGACUGCGUAUUUCAAAAACGAGGAUACCUUGGAAGUGCAACACUUUGGCGCGGAAUGGGCGAGGCGGUUGCAGCAGUCUUCAGGAAGCACUAGCAUACCGGGACAGAUAAAACCAGGAUUUAGCGUUUCCUCGAUACCAAAGGCCCCUUCCAACUGGCCGCAGCUCGCCCAGGCUGAACCUCGCGUCUCACCAGACACCAACGCACUCAAGCAGUUCCCGUCGACUCUAACACUCACCGGCUCAGGACAAGCAGCGCUCAACUCAGCCUCGGGCCAGACUCAAGACGACCUUCGCCAAUUCGCCGUUACAAAUAAAGAUGGGGAUAUUGUCCUUUACGACAUUGUCGCUUCAAAGAUUGUUUUACAGAACCUGCCCCUCCGCGUUCCAUGUAUCACGGACUACCCGGUUACUGUGCAAAUCAGCUGCCGUGACAUUGAAUUUCGGGACACAAAUUUCCAAGCAACAAACGGCUUUGUGCCGCUGGUCCUCUUUGACGUCGCCAGUGGCUUUGAAUGGACCAACAAGACUGCAGGUCAGGUCUCAGGCCAAGGCCAAAACGGCGAGCCAGGCGAUCCGGGAUACGCAGGCGGCCGACUCCGGCUCGCCGUAGCGGGAGGCUGGAUACGCGCAGGGGGGGCUGCUUCCGGAAAGGGCAUCAGCAUCUUGUACCGUGGCGGCAAGGGAGGAAGCGGUCAGAACGGUGGUGAUGGGGCUUUUGGACGCAGUGGGCCGGAUCCGGGGCUGAUGCCGAUGAUGGGAAGGGCACCAACAGUGCAGUUGCAGGCUGGAACAGAUGGAGGUAACGGUGGAAAUGGAGGUGAUGCGGGGGCACCAGGUACAAUUGGAGAUUCAGAAGUGUUGGCGUUGUCAAACAGUUGGCCUGCUGGGUGGACUGUAGUGAUUGAUAAAGGGGUUCCUGGAACUGCCACUGAAUUUGGUCAGACUGGCACUCCUGGUCGAGCCGGCUCUGGUAUGCCUGGAGGCAAAGGCAGCAAGUAUUUCGGGACGGACGGUAAGCCUUACGACAGGACGACGGCGCCGUUCACUAAGGCCAAAGCGAAUUUGAAGAUGAUUGCAACAGAGGUAGAGUUACUUGAUCAAAUAGCGGCUGUUGACUGGAGAUAUAAGUAA